AGCUAUUUGGGCCCAAGCCGCUCGGCAGUCCAUAGCCACCCCUUGGCCGCUGCGAGUCGCCCGCUCGAAGACCCCGCGGAGCCAGGCGAUGGCCGCCAGUGCUGGCGCGCUCGUGGAAGCGGCCGCGCCAGUGCCGGGCGUCGGGGACUCCGUGCUCAGCUCGGGCAGUGCCAACGGGGGCGCGGGGCUGAACGGGCGGUUCGGCAUCGUGACCAAGCACGCCAACGCCAACGGCCGCGUGGAGGUGAGCGUGGCCGGCAGAUUCGUGCGCCUGCUGCCCGUCAACACGAAGAGGCUGGCGAUCGACAUCGGCGCCAGGGUGGAGGUGCGAGGCCUCAGGUCCAAGAAGGACCGGGCGCUCAACGGCCGCCUGGGGACGGUGCUGGGCUACGCGCACGAGAGCGAGCUCUACCAGGUGUACUUCGCCCAGGGCGGCCUGGCCAAGCUGAAGGCAGCGAGCCUGCGCCCCGCGGGGCCCUCCGCCUCGGCCAAGGCGGCCCCCAAGAGGGGCCCUGCCGCGCACGACGCUGCCGGGGCGCCAGCGCAGGCCCCGGAGGAGGCGGCCGAGCGUGCAGCGCUGGGCGGCCACGCCGACGAGGCCGAGCCAGCAGCUCAAGCGCAGGCCGCGCCGGAGGCCAAGCCGCCAGCCAGGCGCUUCCGCCUGCGUGCCAAGUGCGCAGAGAGGCCGGAGGCGGGCCCUGCAGUGCCAGCCGUUGUGGCUCCUUCGGAACGGGGUGCCGAGGUGGAGGCCAGGCUGGAGGCCGAGCCGGAGGCCAAGAAGCCAGCAAAGCUUGAGCGCAAGGCGGCGGCGAGCGGGCAGGCCGCUACAUCCACGGAGGCGCCAGAGAAGAGCGCCGCGGAGCGACCCACCGAGGCUCCCAUCGAGCAGGAUGCCAAGCCAGACGCCAAGGCCGAGCUGGAGGAGGAGGCGAAGGCCAAGCCACCAGGCAAGCGGGGCCGCAAGGCCGCGGCGAGCGCGCACGGCGCCGAGCCCGCGGAGAAGCCAGAGGAGGGCCCCCCGGGACCAGCUGCCGAGGCGAGCGCCAAGCCGAAGGCCAGGGCGCCGGCCAGGCGGGGGCGCGGGGCGGCGGCGGGCGGGCAGGCCGGAGGCGGCGCGGAGGGGCCGGAGGAGGGCUCCGCGGAGCGGGGCGCCGAGGCCGCGGCGGGGCCCGAGGCGGAAGGCAAGCCGGGAGCCGAGGCGAAGGCCGAGCCGCAGGCCAAGGUGCCGGCCAAGCGGGGGCGCAAGGCGUCGGUCGGCAGGCGCGGGGAGAGUCCCGCGGGCCCGGCGGAGCGGGACGCCGAGGCCGCGGCGGGGCCCGAGGCGGAAGGCAAGCCGGGAGCCGAGGCGAAGGCCGAGCCGCAGGCCAAGGCGAGCGCCAAGCCGAAGGCCAAGACACCGGCCAGGCGGGGGCGCGGGGCGGCGGCGGGCGGGCAGGCCGGAGGCAGCGCGGAGGAUCAGGAGGAGGGCCCCGCGGAGGGGGACGCCGAGGCCACGGCGGAGCCCGAGGCGGAAGGCAAGCCGGGAGCCGAGGCGAAGGCCGAGCCGCAGGCCAAGGUGCCGGCCAAGCGUGGGCGCAAGGCUUCGGUCGGCAGGUGCGGGGAGAGCCCCGCGGGGUCGGCCGCGCAGGUGGAUGCCAAGAUAGAGGCCAGGCCGGAGACCGAGCCGGAGGCCAAGAAGCCAGUGGAGCGUGGGCGCAAGGCGGCGGCGAGCGGGCAGGCCGCUACAUCCACGGAGGCGCCAGAGAAGAGCGCCGCGGAGCGACUCACCGAGGCUCCCAUUGAGCAGGAUGCCAAGCCAGACGCCAAGGCCGAGCUGGAGGAGGAGGCGAAGGCCAAGCCACCAGGCAAGCGGGGCCGCAAGGCCGCGGCGAGCGCGCACGCCGCCGAGCCCGCGGAGAAGCCAGAGGAGGGUCCCCCGGGACCAGCUGCCGAGGCCGAGGCGAGCGCCAAGCCGAAGACCAAGGCGCCGGCCAGGCGGGGGCGCGGGGCGGCGGCGGGCGGGCAGGCCGGAGGCAGCGCGGAAGGGCCGGAGGAGGGCUCCGCGGAGCGGGGCGCCGAGGCCGCGGCGGGGCCCGAGGCGGAAGGCAAGCCGGGAGCCGAGGCGAAGGCCGAGCCGCAGGCCAAGGUGCCGGCCAAGCGGGGGCGCAAGGCGUCGGUCGGCAGGCGCGGGGAGAGUCCCGCGGGCCCGGCGGAGCGGGACGCCGAGGCCGCGGCGGGGCCCGAGGCGGAAGGCAAGCCGGGAGCCGAGGCGAAGGCCGAGCCGCAGGCCAAGGAAGACGAACCGGGAGCCGCGGCGAAGGCCGAGCCGCAGGCCAAGGUGCGGGCCAAGCGGGGGCGCAAGGCGUCGGUCGGCAGGCGCGGGGAGAGUCCCGUGGGGUCGGCCGCCCAGGUCGCCGAGCUCGCGGAGAAGCCCGAGGAGUUCGGGACCCCGAGGCCCAGCCCGAGAAGCAGGACGCCGAGCCACGCGCCGAGCCCGACGCCGAGCCCCCAGCCAAGCGGGGACGCGCGGCGGCGCCCGCCGCGCCGGCGGCCGAGGCCGCGCCUGGCGCCCCGACCGCGCCGGAGCCCGAGGCGGCGGCCAGGCCGAAGGCCCCGCCGCCGGCCAGGAGGGGGCGCAAGCCGGCGGCCGGCAGCGCAGAGGGCCAGCCCGCGGGGAGGCCCGAGGCGGCAGCCGUGGAGCCCUCGGCCGCAGCGCCCGCGGAGGCGCUCGAGGAGGCGCCCGCGGGCGCGGGGAGGAGGGGCAGUGGCGCGGGGGCCAAGGGGGCGUCGCCGACGACGCCCGCCGCCAAGCAGAAGCGCGCCGCGGCGGAGAAGGCGCAGACUCCUGAGGAGAAGAACAAGGAGAUGGAGAAGCGCGUCGCCGGCGAGGCGCCGGCGAAGAGGCAGCGCCGCGGGCGCCCGGCGAAGACCGCGGCGGGCGACGGCACCGCCAGCGCGCGCGGGGAGAGCGGCGCCGGGGAGCCCGAGGCGGCGGCCGAGGCGCUGGAGGGCAGCGAGGCCUUCAAGAAGGCCGUGCGCAGGGGCAUGGAGGGCGCCCUGCGCAACCUGGCCUCCCGCGGCGAGGUGGCGGGCAGGGGCUUCAGCCCAGACAUGCUCCUCGAGGCGCUGCUGGCGGCCGACGGGCUGGUGAACAAGGCCAAGGCCACGCUGCUUGAGGCGGCUCGGGGCUGAGUUCCGCACACGCGCUGGGCUGUGAGGCGCCACGCCGACGAUCGGCGGUUCACGCCAGUGAGGGCGAAUUUGAUGUUCUGCACGGCUUGUGGGCAGCUGGCUCGCAGCGAUCUGGGGAGUCGCUUGACUCAGUCGCAGUGGGAUCGCCAGUCAGGCUUUAGCCAUUAGGCUUCGGGGAAACAGUCAGCCGGGGUGCUGGAAAGCGCGCGAGCCACUCCUCUUCCUCAGCCGCCUCAUCACCCCCCCUUCUCCUG